GGUCACAGCGCUCUUGCUUGGAUUUCUCUGCCUGUUCCGCUCCAUUGCAGUGCAGCGUUACUGAACAGGGAGGAGGAGGUGGAGCGGCAUCAGAGGAUCGUCAGGAGACACUAACAAGGAUUUCAUAGAGGAUGUGAGGGGGUGAUGUGUGCAGCCGACAGACAUGGAGGAGAGGAGUGUCAGGUGUGCUGAGGCCUUUCAUCAGAGUGACAGGAAGAUCAUCGCAGCAGCAUCAUGAGGCUCCCGUCAGGCUGGACGACUCUUCUCAUCCUUCUGAUCCAUGGAGGAUCUGAAGCCUGCACAGUUAAAAAGUUGGGCAGCAACAGUGGAAGGUUUGCCAACGCCACCUUGGUUCGUCUGGCGGAGUUUCUGAGUGCGGGAUAUAAGAAAGGAGUGAGACCAGUGAAGGACUGGAGGACGUCCACCAUCGUGUCCAUAGACCUGAUGGUUUACUCCAUUCUCAACGUGGACGAGAAGAACCAGGUUUUGACCACGUACGUGUGGUACCGGCAGUCCUGGACGGAUGAAUUCCUGGUUUGGGAUCCAGAAGAUUUUGAUGAAGUCAAACAGAUUUCCAUCCCCACAGCUAACGUCUGGGUUCCCGACAUCCUCAUCAAUGAGUUCGUGGACGUGGGGAAGUCUCCGGAUAUUCCUUACGUGUAUGUUACACAUGAGGGACUGGUGCAGAACUACAAACCCAUCCAGGUGGUCACCGCCUGCACCCUCAACAUCUACAACUUCCCCUUCGAUGUCCAGAAAUGCAGCCUCACCUUCCAGAGCUGGCUCCACACUAUCGAUGACAUCAACAUCACCCUGAUGCGGAGCCCCGAGAAGCUCAGGGACGACAAAAGCGUCUUCAUGAACCAGGGAGAGUGGGAGCUGCUUCACAUACUGUCCAACUACAAGAUCUUCAGCGUGGACAACGACGACUACUACGCUGAGAUGAAGUUCCACGUGGUGAUCCGACGGAGGCCGCUGUUCUACACCGUCAACCUGCUGCUUCCCAGCGUCUUCCUGAUGGUGAUGGACAUUGUUGGUUUCUAUCUGCCACCGGACAGCGGAGAGAGAGUUUCCUUUAAGAUCACCCUGCUGCUGGGAUACUCUGUCUUCCUCAUCAUCGUGUCCGACACUCUUCCUGCCACUGCCAUCGGAACGCCGCUCAUAGGUGUUUAUUUUGUGGUCUGCAUGGCUCUUCUGGUGAUCAGCCUAACAGAAACGGUGCUGAUUGUACGUCUGGUCCACAAGCAGGACCUGCAGCCACCUGUCCCCCACUGGGUGAAGUACUUGGUGCUGGAAAGAGCUCCGGUUCUCUUCUGCAUCCACAAAAAGCACAGAUUCUGUUCCAGGCUGUCGACACAUGCCUCUGACCUGGAGCAUUACAAGGAAAACAAUUAUGGGACUGCUCAGUGUUCUCACCAUCACACCUGUGACAUCGGCCAAAGGCUCAGCCAGCAAGACAGGGACAGUGGAAUGCUCGGCCUGCGUCUGCCCCCUCCCAGAGACAACACCCCGCCCGUCAUGGACAACAUCCUUCAGGAGGUGACAGCGAUUCGCCACUUCUUGGAGAAGAGGGAUCGGUGUCGGGAAAUUGCCAAGGAGUGGCUCCAGGUUGGAUACAUCCUGGACGUUCUGUUAUUCAGGGUCUACCUGGUGGCUGUGGUGGCCUACAGCAUCACUCUAGGAACCUUGUGGUCGGUUUGGCAGGUCGCCUGAAUUGUUUAUGGACACGAACUGGAUGUUGGGGAAAUUACCAAGGAGAAUUGCUAAAGUUAAAGGCUCUUUGCCCUGAAAUGCUUUCAAGGAAAGAGGGUGAAACGGUUCAAGUAGAGGACAUAACUGAGUAAAUUUAUAGGUGGAGUGACCCAGAAAAUCUCUUAUUCAAUUCAAUUCAAUUCAAAAAUACUUUAAUAAUCCUGGAGGGAAAUUCAAUUGUUUCACUACAUACAUUUCCAAGAUCAGACAUACAGACAUAGACACAUGACAGGAAUUGGAUGACUGUGGUCAUUCGCAACACGAGUCGCGCUACCGUUACAGGUCAAGAGGGCUGAUAUGAGGAUAGAUGUGCAUGUUUGAAGGUCUGUGACUCUUCAGGAACAUAACAUGCAAAUUAGAGCUUUAUUUAUGUGAUGGGUACGCACAAAACAAGAGUAAACCUGGAGAGUAGAGAGGGCUUCUGACACAUACUGACUUCUCCUCUGAUCACAAAACAUUUAUUAAAUGACAAAUAAAUAUUAAAUUUUUACUAAAGCCCUGAACUAUUUUCCUAUUGAAACACAUUUGCUAAUUGUUCCUUUGUCUAAAGGUUUUGGUUUUGGGAUUAAUAGUUUAUUCCCUUCAUUUUUAUUUUCUAAUUGAACUUUAAAGGUGCAAUAAGUAAGAAUUUAGCAGUGAUCAGAAAACAUUCCAAAGUCUCAAAAAUGUUGGAAGGAAGGUUACAAAGAAAAAGCUGGCGGGGUGGUUGCCAGGUCUUAUCCUUAUAAAAUGGCCGAACGGGGACAUAGUCAUUGCUUACGAUCUGUACCUCCUCUAUACUUCCUGCUUCCAGAGCCAAUCAAAUGAGAGCCCACAAAAUUGCCAAGUCUUCAACAAUAACACUGUGCUGGCAUUUGUAAUUUGAUGCCAGAUGGUAAAAUGCAGCAAAGAACUGAAGCCAGUGAACAGGAGCGACUCAGAAAUUGUUUCUUGUACCCCUAAGAUGACACAGCAUUUUUUUUGUUUUACUCCAAUAUUGGGUAAAGAAGGCUAGAGCCCAAUGUUGAGCUAACAAUGCUAACAGUGAAAUAGAAGCAAAGAGUUAGCUCAAAAAAUACAUCAAGCUACUUUUUCAAUCAACUCAAUAUCACAUCUAAUUAUCAACUAACUGUGCUUGACUUUUCACGUCAUCUAGAAUCUUGGCGCUGAUCUAUAACUGGCAGUAACCAUGACACUGAGAGGGGGAGUGGCAGACUCUUUUGUUUUGAUACAUACAUUUCGUUUACAAUUGUGUUUUCAACACGGGUGUUACUGUGCACAGGGCAGCUGUGUGGAGCUGAAAAUAAUGAACUUCAUAACCUUACACAAUAUUAGAAAAUUUGGCAAAUUUUACUUGAAUAAUUGUUUUCUUCUGAGUGGAAAAGAGUAAAUUUCUUAAAUACGAAUUAGGGUAAAUUGAUGGUUAUUGCCAAUCAAAGCAAAUUAAAUCAUUCCCAGAUCCCACCCCCCACACUUUAUGGUAUUAUAAAAUGAUGCACUUUGAAAAGUUUCUCAUUGUUAAUUGAUUUAGUAUCCAUGAAGUUUUUCAAGACAACCAUGCAAAAUUUUGCAUUUAAACCAAGCAACAAAACCAAGAUUUUACAUUUUUGAACUUUUAAGGUUUUUGUGCCAUUCAUGGACCAAACAGAUGCAAAAUAAAUAAAUAAAGCCUCCUACAAAUCUGCAAACCUUGAUUUGUUUUUUCAGGUUUUUAAUAAUUAAUUAAUUUAUUUAUUUUCAGCAAACUGAUUUGUGAAAUCAGAAUACAAAAAAAUAAUAUGUUUGGAUCAAACUACUUUACAUAAAAAAUCUGAAACUUGUGGAAACGGACAUUGUCUAAAUGAAAUUAAUCAAACAGAAAACUAAGGCACUAUAUAAAAUAAAGUGGUUCCCUUCUUUUUACUCCACCUGCUUCUCCUCAUGAACACAGCUAAUAUGCACACGUCCCUGCAAACCGCCAACGUCGCAUGGACAUGCAGAUCUUGUCUAUACUGAGACUGUCGGUCCAGACCACGUCUGUAGGAGGUCUUAACUAGUACAUAUACAUAUAGUAUCAGUGUGGUUUUGAAUUUAUUUCAUGAAUAUGCACAAUUUUUAUGUUGCUGUGCCAGGACGUUAGGAGAAUAUUGUAUCUACUGAAUCGUCAUAUUGUAACAUAUGAAAAUUAAUUGUAAUCAGUAAAGAAUGGCACAAAUAUUCAUUAACUUCAUUUUAUAAGGAUAUUUGUUGUAUUAUUAAGUAGGUUGGAAUAGAUUGGAGGUUAGGAUCAGAAAAUCUCAGUAUCCAGCAUGUUUUAGUUUAGUUGUAAUUAUUAUUGUUGUAAUUUUGUUAUGAUUAUUGCAGUUGUGAUUACUAGUGUGAAUAUUAUAUUUGUUAGUUGAAGAGAAUUAUUAUUUUUAUGGAAAACAAACAUGUAAUAUGUUAUAAAAAAGAAAAGUAGCAUUAUUAUUUUACGUAUUAGCUGUGUUAGCUGAGAUGUUACAUUAAAUAUGUAUAUUGUAUAUCUGAGGUGUAAGGGGAUGGGACUGAAAAAUAAAUGUUUCAAUCAAUCAAUAAAUCUAUGUGAAUAAAUAGGUAAAAGAACAUCAUACUAUAUCAAGUGUCAUUAAAAGAAAAAAAUUCAUAAGGAACUUUUGUGACCUCAAUGUUUGUUUUUCUUGCAUUACAUCAUGGGAAUAAGUGGCAAAACAACAUUUUUUUGCCUAUAUUUCAAUUGUUUUGCACAUUUGGAGGAGUAUUUGGUUAAGCAGAUGGUUUACACUUGCUGUGGGGUGGAGUGUAUGGCCCGUUGAGAGCUUUAAAAAAGAUUUCUUCGUUUUACUUUAAAGGACCGCAAAAAAGGAAAGAGAUGGUUGAGGGAGACCCAGAUGCUCUGAAGGAAAUCUGGAUUCCUGCAGCAGUUGCCAGUUUGUGAGGCUCAUUCAAUUCAAUUCAAGAAGAAGAAGAAAAUAUCAUUUCUAUAGCGCCUCUCAAGAUAAAAAUCAUGAGGCGCUUCAAUUUAAUUCAAGUUUAUUUAUACAGUGCCAAUUUUUUUUACAUUUUCAUGAUACAUAAUUUAAUACGAUAUAGUAUGUGUCAUGAAAAUGUAAACAAACAUCAUACUAUAGUAUGUAUCAUGAAAAUGUAAUUUUUUUUAUUUGUCAUGAAAAUGUAAACAAACAUCAACAAAAAAAAUUAAAAAGUGUCAUGAAAGUUUAAAUAAACAUCAUACCAACGUAUGUGUCAUGAAA